GAGGGAGAGCGGAGAUCGAGAGCAAAGAGCGAGAGCGAGGGAGAGGAGAGGAGAGGAGAGGAGAGGGAGAGAGGAAGGGAGGAAAGACACACGCAAGCACAGGCACACCGGCACUGGAAUUCCAUUAGAAAAAGUGAGCCGAAGCAAGGGAUAGCGGGAGAAGAUUUUUUUUUUUUUAUUUUGAAUCUUUUUCUUCGUCUUGGUGCCAAAGAAGCGACUCUGGUCUCCCGUCCUAGAAGCUCUACUGGAUUGCUCCCAUCCGUCGGUGGAUUUCUUUCCUAUUUGCAUUUAUUCUGACCCCCCUCCCUCGCUGCUUUCUUCCAGUCCUUCACUUUCAGAUCGCCUCGCCCCCACCUCUCCAGUCCCCUCCUGGGAAGUGCAGGGGAAUUGGACCCACGGGGACUCGCGCCUUCCCGGCCGCGAGAGCGAAGGGCUGGGCUGACCUCAGGACCAGGCUGUUGGCUUAGAAGGCAGCCAGACACAUAGCUACGUGUGUUUGAUUUCAGUGGCAAGGGGGGGACGUCGAGAGGCAGCCCACCGCCCGCCUCCCACCCCUCCCCCUCCAGCCAGCAGCGAGAAUCCCUGGACUCGGGAUCUUCAACCGGCGGCCGCCUGGCGGGAUCUCCGCAUUGGAUUUGGGGGUCGUUAUCAUUGCUUGGCUGUUAUUAUUACCGUUGUUAUUUUAUUUUUAUUUUUUAAACCUAAGGGAGAAAGACACAUACACACAAAACUGUGGGAUUUAUUUAACAUGAUCUUGGCAAACGCCUUCUGCCUCUUCUUCUUUUUAGACGAAACCCUCCGCUCUUUGGCCAGCCCUUCCUCUCCGCAGGGCUCUGAGCUCCACGGCUGGCGCCCCCAAGUGGACUGUGUCCGGGCCAAUGAGCUGUGUGCGGCUGAAUCCAACUGCAGCUCCAGGUACCGCACCCUUCGGCAGUGCCUGGCAGGCCGGGAUCGCAAUACCAUGCUGGCCAAUAAGGAGUGCCAGGCGGCCCUGGAGGUCUUGCAGGAAAGCCCAUUGUAUGACUGCCGCUGCAAGCGGGGCAUGAAGAAGGAGCUGCAGUGUCUGCAGAUCUAUUGGAGCAUCCAUCUGGGGCUGACGGAGGGUGAGGAGUUCUACGAAGCUUCGCCCUAUGAGCCUGUGACCUCCCGCCUCUCGGACAUCUUCAGGCUCGCUUCAAUCUUCUCAGGGACAGGGGCAGACCCGGUGGUCAGUGCCAAGAGCAACCACUGCCUGGAUGCCGCCAAGGCCUGCAACCUGAACGACAACUGCAAGAAGCUCCGCUCCUCCUACAUCUCCAUCUGCAACCGCGAGAUCUCUCCCACCGAACGCUGCAACCGCCGCAAGUGCCACAAGGCCCUGCGCCAGUUCUUCGACCGUGUGCCCAGCGAGUAUACCUACCGCAUGCUCUUCUGCUCCUGUCAGGACCAGGCAUGCGCCGAGCGUCGCCGGCAAACCAUCCUGCCCAGCUGUUCCUAUGAGGACAAAGAGAAGCCCAAUUGCUUGGACCUGCGCAGCCUGUGUCGUACAGACCACUUGUGCCGGUCCCGCCUGGCAGACUUCCACGCCAACUGUCGAGCCUCCUACCGGACAAUCACCAGCUGCCCUGCGGACAACUACCAGGCAUGUCUGGGCUCCUAUGCUGGCAUGAUUGGGUUUGAUAUGACACCGAACUAUGUGGACUCCAACCCCACGGGCAUCGUGGUGUCUCCCUGGUGCAAUUGUCGUGGCAGUGGGAACAUGGAAGAAGAGUGUGAGAAGUUCCUCAAGGACUUCACAGAAAACCCAUGCCUCCGGAAUGCCAUUCAAGCCUUUGGCAAUGGCACAGAUGUGAACAUGUCUCCCAAAGGCCCCACAUUUUCAGCUACCCAGGCCCCUCGGGUAGAGAAAACUCCUUCACUGCCAGAUGACCUCAGUGAUAGCACCAGCCUGGGGACCAGUGUCAUCACCACCUGCACAUCUAUCCAGGAGCAAGGGCUGAAGGCCAACAACUCCAAAGAGUUAAGCAUGUGUUUCACAGAGCUCACGACAAAUAUCAGCCCAGGGAGUAAAAAGGUGAUCAAACUUUACUCAGGCUCCUGCAGAGCCAGACUGUCGACUGCCUUGACUGCCCUCCCACUCCUGAUGGUGACCUUGGCCCAGUAGGCCUUUGGAACCCAGCACGAAAGUUCUUCAAGCAACCCAGAUACGAACUCCCGCCUGACAAAAUGGAAACAUGCACACACACACACACACACACACACACACACACACACACACACACACAGACACACACACACAGACAUAUUCUCUCUCUCUCUCUCUCUCUCUCUCUCUCUCUCUCUCUCUCUCUCUCUCACACACACACACACACACACUCCCCUUGCAAAAACACUUUUUUUCCCUACAUUGCCUCUGAACCUUUCUCCUCCCAAAUUUCUUCUCUGGAGAAGUUUUUCUAAACCAAACAGACAAGCAGGCGGGCAGUCAGAAGCCUGCCCAGAGGUCCCCUACAAGGGACAUCCAGCACCGAGGGCUCAAGGCUCUUGAGAGACUUUUUUCUCUUCACUGGUGUUUUCUCUCUGGACCAGAUGAGACCCUGCUGUGGAAGGAACGUUGCUGUGCCUGGUGUGGACUGGGGAAAGGACAAUUGCGGCUGCCCACUCUGGGGACCUGCCCAAGGGUUCGCAGAGAGUUUCAGUCAGCAAGGAGCAGGGCUAGCCACAAGGACCUUGUCACCUCUUCCUCUUGGCUUCAAAGAUGGAAACGGUUUGCUGCCAUCCCUAUCCCUUAUGGGGCCUAGUGGAUCUGAGUCUGGGGUAGGGACCCCCAGGGUUGCUCCAGGCCGAGGUGCCUGCAGCAUGGUGGGGUUGGGAGCUGUUACAGGACGAAGCUUCUUUGGGGAACAAGCAAGCCUUGGUUGGGUACCAGCUCCAAGAUGCUCUUUCCUCCUUCAUGCCAGGAAUCUUGAAGUCAAAAAGAGAUGAUCCUCUGUUGGCUUUUUUUGUUUGUUUGUUUUUGAAUUUUUUUGUGGGUCCAUUUGGCGGGUCUCUCUUGGGGAGAAGGGCUGUUGAGCGGGGCUGGGGACACCCUAGCUGGACGUGUGUACAGAACACUCUGGUGGGCUCCCAAGCUUGCCCCUUCUCUCUUCUCCUUGUUUCUGCUUUCUCUCUCCUCAUUUCUGAGACAUUCAUGCACUGUCUGUACAUACUGGAUCUCUUUUCUCAACAUAUGUGUAUAUCCAUAUACAUAUAUCCUGUGAUUUUUCUUUCAUUUUUUUAAAAAAAAGAAACAAAACUAUGGAAAUAAUACCCUACAGAUGAGCGAAAAUGUAUUAUUGUAAAGUUUAUUUUUUUUAAUAAUGUUGUCUAUGAUGGGAAGAAAGGUACCAGGACCCCUGAGCUCUGGUCCAGUUGGGCUGAUGGGGCUGUGGCCGGGGACUCCCGAUUGCAUUCACUCUUAACCAAGCUCCAAUAAACGUACUAGGAAGCGAGUUGCCCCGUGCUUCAC